CCGCGGGAGAGCGAGGGGAGGGAGAAGGGCAGGCAGGGAGAGUGAAUCAUCAUCAUCGUCGUCGUCACGGCGCGCAUAAUAACCCGGCUGUGGAACAGCGCAAGCCACGCUCGCAACGGGGUAGCUUGGUCUCAGCGCCAGCAGCGCGCGGCGUGUCUCUCGCUGAAGGGGACACACACACACACGUGUGUGGAUUUAGCGUGUAGGCUGUGAUAAAGGUGGUGGUGGUGGUGGGGAGGGGUGCGGGCUGAAUCCAGAGAGCUCGCUGGAUCUGGCCGCGAGCGUGGUUGGUGGUGGUGAUGAUGGCAGCGCUACUGCUGCUUAACUGGAUCGUCAACAGCAGCGGUGGCGACAUCAGAGCGCCGGCAAGUGAACGGCCCUGAAGACAAACCCGCCGAAGAUGAGAGACGUCGCCCGCUCGUUGUGAAGACACCCGGCGGCGGCGGCAGCGGCGGCGGCGUCGAGCGCCGUCAUGUCGCGCCAGUGACGGCAGGACGCGUCCCCUCGCUCCCUCCCGCUCGCUCCCGAGAGGAGAGAAAAAAUCUAAAUAAAACCCCAGCCCGUGUCGGCAGCGGCGCCUCCCAGCCGCCGGGAGGGGAUCGAUCCGAGGCGCGAUGUUUCCCUGGCGCAAGUUGUCUUCUCACAAACUGGGCUUCUUCCUGGUCACCUUCGGCUUCAUCUGGGGGAUGAUGCUGCUGCACUUCACGAUCCAGCAGCACUCGGCGCACCGGCCCACCAGCGCUGAGCUCCAGGAGCAGAUCCUGCAGCUCAGCAAGCAGUACGUGAAGAGGCUUGCCGAGGAGACGCGCAGCACGGUGGACGGGCCCUACGCCGGCACGGCCACAGGAUACGAUCUGAAAAAGACGCUGGCUGUGCUGCUGGAUAAUAUACUUCAGCGCGUCGGGAAGCUGGAGGCCAAGGUAGACUUCCUGUACAAUGGGACACGGACCAACGCAUCCAACACCAACCACUCGGGACUGCUUGGCACCACACUGGCCAGCAGCGACAGCAGGGUCAACGCUGCAGGCCUGAUAAACGGGGUGCAGGAAGAGUGCAAGCUGCAAUCCUUGGACGACUUUCCACACUGUGAAACCAAACUCCAGUGGAUGAAGGACAUGUGGCAGUCGGACACGUGCUACGGCAGCUUUGGCGUCGACGGCUCGCUGUGCUCCUUCAUCAUCUACCUGAGCGAGGUGGAGACGUGGUGUCCUCAGCUUCCUUGGAGAAAAAAAGUGUUCAAGCCUGAAGGUCCCCUGGCGGAGGUGAAGACCGACUUCAAGCAGCUGUUCCACCGCAUGGCGUCACGCGAGGAGUUCCGCUGGAUGAAGAUGCGCAUUCUGCGCAUGGAGGAGUCGUGGCUCGCGGCCGUCCGCUCGCUCUCGGAGAAGCACAACUUGCAGGGCCGGACGCGCAAGAAGAUUCUGGUUCACCUGGGCCUCCUGACGAAGGAGUCGGGCUUCAAGAUCGCGGAGAGCGCCUUCUCGGGCGGCCCGCUCGGGGAGCUCGUGCAGUGGGGGGACGUCAUCUCGGCCCUCUACCUCCUGGGCCACCACAUCAAGCUCUCCGUGUCCGUGUCCGAGCUGCGAGAGGUGAUGAAGCGCGUGGCCGGCGUGAAGUCCGGGUGCCCCGUCAAAGGGGAGAAGGUCGUCGACCUGAUCUACAUCGACAUCGUGGGCCUUACGCAGUUCAAGAAGGCCGUGGGUCCACCCUGGGUCCACUACCAGUGCAUGCUGCGAGUCCUCGACUCCUUCGGGACAGAGCCCGAGUUCAACCAUGCCCAGUACGCGCAGUCCCGCGGACACAAGACGCCCUGGGGGAAGUGGAGCCUCGUGCCGCGCCAGUUCUACACCAUGUUCCCCCACACGCCCGACAACAGCUUCCUUGGUUUCGUGGUGGAGCAGCACCUGAACUCGAGCGACGCGGCUCACAUGGAAGACGUGAAGAGGCAGAACCAGUCUUUGGUCUACGGAAAAGUGGACAACUUCUGGAAGGGCAAGAUGCAGUACCUGGACAUCAUCAGCAAGUACACGGAGAUCCACGGAACCGUGCACGGGGCCACGGUCAAUGUGCCGCCCUACGUCAAGAACCACGGCAUCCUGAGCGGUCGCGAGCUUCAGUUCCUGCUGCGUGAGACCAAGCUGUUUGUGGGGCUGGGCUUCCCGUACGAGGGCCCCGCGCCGCUUGAGGCCAUCGCCAACGGCUGCGUCUUCCUCAACCCUCGCUUCCGUCCCCCCAAGAGCAGCAAAAAUACCGACUUCUUCAAGGGGAAGCCCACCCUGAGAGAGUUGACGUCGCAACACCCGUACGCGGAGGUGUACAUCGGCAAGCCUCACGUGUGGACGAUUGACAUCGACGACCCGCAGGAGGUGGAGGCGGCAGUGCGUCAGAUCGUGGCACAGAAGACGGAGCCGUACAUGCCGUACGAGUUCACGUGCGAAGGCAUGCUGCAGCGGGUGAAUGCGUUCAUCGAGAAGCAGGACUUCUGCCAUCAGAAGCUGCUGUGGCCACCUCUGAGCGCCCUGCAGGUGAAGGUGGCCCAGCCAGGCCAGUCGUGCAAGCACCUGUGCCAGGAGAGCCAGCUGAUCUGCGAGCCGACGUACUUUGCUCACCUCAACAAGGAGCAGGACCUUAGCCGGCACGGCGUCGAGUGCGACUCCGCGGAGGUGCAGAACGAGGUGUUUGUGCCGGCGCUCGAGUCGGGCCGAAAGAAGUGCCUCCUGCAGGGCGACUACCUCCUCUUCAGCUGCGCCGGCAGCCACGACACGCACCGGCGAAUCUGCCCGUGCCGCGAUUACAUGAAGGGCCAGGUGGCGCUGUGCCGGGACUGCUUGUGAAGGACUCGCGACCCGCCGCCCCCGACCCCCUCGCUACGAUGCCGGACGGCAGGACGAGUCGCAUCCUGAGGGGGAGGUUAAGCGCAGGAUUUCUCCAUCUCUUUUUUCGCGUCGAUUUCAUUUUUUGUGACCGAGCCGUUUGUGCUUAAGCCUUAACUCAACUACCCAAAUGGAUUGAAAUUAGUGUUUUGUUUUGUUUUGAGAGGAAAAAAAAUCGCCCCAAAACAAGGCAAAAUGUGGCCGUCUGCCUUGUUCCGUUUUGUUUUCAUUGAGCAUCGAUUGUGGAGCAUCACAAAUGACGAUCGCACGGAGGAAGAGCAAACGUGACCUCCGGACCGGCGGGUCGCUGGUACAAGUUGGAUUCGGGGGAAGGUGAUUUAACAGCCCGAUUUUUGGGGAGCCCGAUCAACAACUGAAUCUGGUGAAAGCCGGUGGAAGACCCGGAGUGAAUGCUGCCUCGCGCUCACGGUCGAAAGCGGAGGAGCUGCCCUUUGCCCGUCACGCUGCGGGGGGCUUAACGUGGAGCGCCUCUCCGGCUUUACACGAACAAAGGACUCUGCCCGUGCACAUCUUUAGCGCAUGCAUCACGGCGUCCCGGCGUGCCGCGGUUAAACGGCGGUUCGUGUUUUCUACGUUGUGCUUGGCCAUGUCCUCCUCCUCCCCUGUCCUGCCACCACCAAUCCGCCCCUCCUGUUACUGCUGCUGCCCCUUCCUGAUCCACCGAACUUGCGUCUUCAUACUCCCGUGUACAUUUUAAUAUUCCUGGAAGGCAGAGCUGUUCCACAGCCUUACGAUAUUUACAUGAUUCCAUGAAAACAGUGAACUGAGGAGACGCUGACCUAUCUCCUCGUCUUUGGGAUCUUUUCCGAUCUUUACUUUUGUGUAUGAGUCUCUUUACAUUGUUAAUGGAUUAUUGUUUUUUAUGAAGAAACUGGACAGAGAUUGGCAUUUCUUUUUGUCCUUGUAAAUGUGUAAACUCGCGAUAGACAGGAAAUCUAUAUAUGAAAUGUAUUGUUUGGUUUGUCCGGUACAAUCACGCAGGCACUCGCACUUAACCGAGAAGUACGUUCGAGUUUAAAACUGUGUCCGUGGUACAGAAUUGUCUUUCGAGGUGGUUGGCGCAGAUUUUGCGGCGUGCGUUUUUAACGUCAAAGGUACGGAGUGCGUUUGGUAGCGCUGCUCUGUUACCCACGAUGCAUGAAUGAAGGCAGACGCGCAUCAUGUGAGCGUGGCGUAUUUAUUACGGUGUAACGCGGUACAUCUGCUGCCGCCGCUGCUGCUGCUUUGUGAGAUGAGCGGCACUCCGCACGGUUGGAUCGGCGCGUCGUCAUCCGCUGGGGCUCGCUGCGGCGGACGCUGCUGCUCCGUCUCUGCGCGUGGCCUGAACCUGCGGUGGGCGUUCCAAUUCACAUUGCAGGGCCUCCCGCAGACGCUUCUCCGUCCCCAUUGGGCAAGCAGUUGCUGCUGUAAGUGACGGUACACGUUGGAACAGGAAAUGAUAGUGAAUGCGUUCUUCAAACUGAAGCAAGCGUUUUGUAUUUAUGCAAUUGAGAUAGAUUUUUUUUUUACGUUUCUCUGGAAUUUGCGUGACGUGCGCGCUUUGCCGGUGUCCCCGUUUGGUUACGAUCGGUGUCGCGUGUUUGGCCGACGGAGAUUAACUCUCUCACACUCACAAGCUACUGAAUUCUGAGUUCAUACACUGCUCGUUCUCUGCUUUGUGGCCGCGUUCGAACGGGGGUUGAGCCAGGCCCCGGCUUUCAUUCGCGUGCGCGAGGGGGGGGGGGGGAGGUAGGAAACAAACAUCACGGGAGAAACUAAAUUUGAAAACUGAAUUGAAUCAUCCCUCUUGCUGCCACCACCGCUUUGAAUCAACACCACCACUCAGCGGCCUUGCAUAUGCGAGUCAUAGUCGUGCCUGUCACACGGCGAGUGAGCGAGUGUGUCGGACGCGCACGUGAGGAUUUUUCUUGCGUGUUGGGCCAGUAUUGGCGUGUGUUCUUUCUAAUGGCUUGAUGUUGUUGUGUUUUCUUCGUCGCGAUUGACCGAUAGCUUGGAGCUUAAUUUGGCAGAGCACUGCAAAGCCCAAGGCAGGUUGGGUGCACCUCCUGAAAUAGAUGAAGUAGCGUUGACAGGCUGUAGUACAGCAGCAUUGUUGUGAAGCCCUUCGUGUAGUUGUGAUGGUGGUGAUGCAUAUAUCAAGACAUUGACUGCCAUGUAGGCAUUUAGCGAUGCGUCAUUUCGUGGAUUCAAAUCGAUCCUGAUGCCCACGAAACAUGCAUUCAAUCAUGUGCGUGUACAAAUCUGUUGUUUAUACAAAAUGCCUUUAUAUUUUAGGCUAAUGUAGUGGAGAAAAAAACUAAACACCAGAAAAUACAAAUCAUAAGAUAACAAUGAGACAAUUCACGGAGUUGCUGGAAAGAUGAAUCGUAACAUGCCUACUAUGGAGUACUAUAAUUACCUCUUUAUAAUUAACACAUCUGCGUGAUGUUAUUCAGGCCGUGGCGGGAAGCCCCCCCCCGGGCUUUAACAGCCACGCACAAAUCCAGAUUGUCAACCGCUCGAUGUUCAUGCAUGCGGCAUGGCAAGGUUCAGGAUUUACGAGCAAAUGGAAUUAAUUGGUCUGACGAGCAGAGGCGGGAGAGUUCCCUGUGGCUACAGGGGUCUGGAUUUGACUGGCCUCCUUACGUGUCGCUGUAUAAUGGGUAAUACCCUCGAGAGUAAUUUAUUUGAUGUGUAUUUUUUUACCAACGGUUUUGCCGAAGUGCACCGCCUAUCUCGCUAGUUCUGGGGGCGCCAGCAGAAGUUUGUCUCUGGACAGCGUUGUCUGGGAUUGACGGAUGAUUCGCGACUUAGGUUAAGACGACAUCUCACCCAGAGCAGCUACCCCAGCAGACCAUUGGGGUUUCAUAUAGAAAUGAACAACGACACAAUCAUGUAAGACAGCUCGGCACGGUUCAGUUGAACCCUACACGCAGAGACACAGCUCGGCACGGUUCAAACCGGCACCGCAAUGACGGGUGGGAUCGAAUCCAGGUUUCGGCCGCCUGUGAUUAAAACCAUGUUCUCAAAUGUAGCGAGUUGAUUAUCUCAGCCCAGUCACAAAUGACUGCGCAAAAAUACUCCAUAAAAUUUAAAUUUGGUUCUGCACCUAGUCCGGCUAACUCCCAGCCGUACACCGUUCGCAACCACGGAGAUCCGAACGAAUACUUUGUCUCAUGACAUGACGCUGGGACCAAAACAAAUACUGGAAUAAAAUUCUAAACUUUUAGAAAAACGACGGGCAGCUCGCCGGCCUGCUAUAGGAGUUUUUUUUUUUUACCAAGGGAAACUACGGUAAUGGGGGAGCUGUAUUUUAUCAUGCAAUGCCAUCUUGUCCGACAUUUCAGAACGUUAAGAAGUAAGCGUUUACGACAGACCGCUAUUCAAAAUGCUUGCGUGCUCUGAAUGUGAAAUGUAAUGUCCGUAAGCAAGCGUGCCCUUGCAGUAGACAUUUACCAAACAAUUAUAGCGUUGGAAAUGUUAACAUUCUAAAGUUCCAGCCUGGUUUAAAUUUCACUGCGUAAAAUUCCCAAGUGUGGAAAACUGACUCCGAUGGUACAUGGACAUCAUUGUUUAUUUAAUCCGUUAUUUUGGCAUAAAAUGCACAAUCCGAAAAAAAGACAUGAAAUUUUUUUUCUCUGGUUUAUGGAAAGUCUGUAAAAAUCUAAACACGGAACGCGUCUCUGGCUUUUAUAUAUACUGUUAUCGUAAUAUCGUGUUUCAACUACAUUGUGUAUGCUCUGUCCUAUACUUACAAAUGCGUGGCAGUCUUCUUGGGUUUCAUAGCCACACUUAACUCGUUUCAAACUUGAAUUUGUUUUCAAUUUUAUUUUUACAAUGACGAUAUAUGCCAUUAUUGGUUGUCCAAUUUGAGUAAAAAACCAUGGUAUAUUGGCGUGUAUUAUAUAUUUAUUAAUGAGGUUAGGCUUUAUUUUGUUCCAGGUUUAUUGCACUAGAUUCACCAAAGCGGCGAGGCACCCUUGGCUCUGGGCAAUGAAAGCGACGUGCGUGCAGAGCCCUUCGACAGCCCUCGCCACCGCGGCUGAGAGGGACCACUCCGGUCGCGUGGCGACUUUGACACGGGCCCCGCUGCAAGGAGUCAAUUGGGGGGGGCUGUCAAACCCCCCCCCGCCUCCCUCUUUGUAGCCGAUGCCUGGGGUCCCCUCUGGCCCUAAGGCCCUGCUGCUUCGUUCUGUAGCUACGACACUCGCUUAAACGUUAAACGAGCUGUGCAUGGAGACGGUGAUGGGGGGGGAGGUCUGUUUGGCCAUUGCAGGACCGCUGUUUUGACGACUUCUAACGGAGUGUUAAUUCUCUUAAUCGGCCCUGGAGGGGGGGGGGGGAUGCUGAGCCGAGUCGAUCUUCGCUGGGAUUUCAACUCUCGCAGUCUUUCCAUUCAUUACGAGCUCUAACCAGAGCGGCCCCUGUCUGGAAUUGGUUACAUCCAUACAUACGUGUGUAUAUAUUAACCUUAUGGCGGGACCCCGGGGUCCCAUAAGCCCCGGGCUCUACACGAUGCGCUAAUCAAAGUUGUGUUUCUUCUGCGCGUGUCGUCCUCGCUGCUGCGCUUGGACGACACGACAACAGAACGGUCCGCGCCAGGCGGGUCACGGCGUUUAUGUGUGCAGCGGGACAGAGUCGCCAAAAAUAAAUUUAUUAAUUACGAUUUUGACUUCCGUUUAUUCGGGGGCCCCGGAGUCACGCCAUCAGGUUCAUAUACCGACUCAGUCGAAGAUAAUUAUUCUCCGUGCUUUUGUCUCAUUGCCCAGCCACUGGAUUGUGGGUAGCUGUUUCGGUCAGCAGUCACCCACCGCGCUACCGUCUUGUUUCCUGCUGUGUUGACUAAACCCAAAGUCUCUCUCUCUCUCUCCUCACCCCCACUCUCACUCUCUCGAGCAUUGCAAUGCUUGGGGUUUACGCUCUCGACAAACUAACGUCAACAUAACCGUGCCAGCGUCGUAUUCAUUCGUUUUGAUUUGCUAUUUCUACAGGCGUAUUGCGUGCCUCGUUUCGUAGUGACGUGGACAUUGCCUUAUCUCACACACACACACCCACACCCACACACACCCACCAAGCCUGCCUGCCUGUGUAGCUCGGUGUGUGUGUGUGCGCGUGAUGCUCACGCCGGUCACACAACCGAGCCUCGCCAUCGUAGUGCGGCGGUGCCAUCAUCGCGGCGCAGACUCCCCGCGCGUUUUCGCGUCGCGAUUUUAAACGGUUGUUGUUUAUUUAUUUGCGUGGCUUUUCUGCGGCUGCGGCGUGUGGUGCCAUCGGUCUCGCUGAUGAUCGGAUCCGUAGCGGGGAUCGUCAAACGCAUACCUCGGCCAACUUGCACCGUGAGCUGCAGUCACAGUUUAUCUGCAUAUUAUUAUUGUUGUUUGUAGUGUACAGUGGCAAGA